AUGCUUUUCAACGGCGUGUGGACAUCCUUUGUUGCAGUGCCUUUCCUUGUCCUAGCACCGACCUACUUCCCAAACCUCGCGCAUCGACUCAUUCUCGUCGGGGUUGAAUCGGUUACCAUGAUCUUCUGGUUUGCCGGUUUUAUUGCCUUGGCUGUUGCAUUACCGGGUCCUAGUUAUUGCCAUGGGAGCGACUGCAGCUCUCUCCAAGCAGCGACGACUUUUGGAGCCUUUGAAUGGGUUUUAUUUGCCAUCACAUCGGCGACAGCGGUCAUGGGAGUAAUGCGGUCCGGUCCCAGUAAGACCGCCAACGUUGGCGUCUGA